CUCGGCGCUACUUCCGUCGAGGCCUCAGAGAGACAUUUGAUUUUUCAUUAUUUUUGUGAGUAAACAAACUAAAAUUUGCGAGACUUAAAACAGAGGGAAGCAUCCGAAGAGUUUGUCUGUAGGAGUUUACCGGAGACAUACGGCGUUGAAAAUUAACUUUCUACUUUUCAUCAGUUUCAUUUUGUGGGAUGAAAAUACCAGUUGCCGUUGAAUUCAGUGGUGGGGCCGAGUUGUUGUUCGACAAAGUGAAAAAGCAUGAUGUAGAACUGCCAAACUCUGAGAAAAAAUGGAAAAUACGUCAUCUUUUGACAUAUAUCAGAGAUAACCUACUGAAAGAACGUCCAGAACUAUUUAUGCAAGGAGACACAGUAAGACCUGGAAUCUUGGUGUUGGUCAAUGAUGCAGACUGGGAACUACUAGGUGAACUUGAUUAUGAACUUCAACCAAAUGACAGAAUUGUAUUCAUAUCUACAUUGCAUGGAGGAUGACAUUCCAAGAAAUAAUAUUCAUUAGACUUGUUUCCAAGCCAUUCCCAGAACAAUGGGAGUUAAUGGAGAGUGACAUGCUAAACACCGCCUUACUCUGUUACAGAGUUGAAUUAAAAACAAUUUAGGGCACACUAAAUUUGUCUAAACUUUACACCCAGUGAACACUUUUCCAUCAAGUGCAAAAGUGUACUCACUUUUACUUUGUUUAGUAUAUACAUAUAAUAACUCUGCAAAUUCCAUCUAGAUUCCUACAUGAUGAAUAUGCUCUUUAAAAAAAAUUGCCUCUUCAUAAAAUGUUUUGUUUGUAAAUGUAUUUUUUUUUAAAAAUCACAAGUACAACAAAUAUUUUUUAAAAAAAUCUUCCGCAAAUAGGAUCCAAUCAGCUGGUUGAAAUUUUAAUGAUCAUAUUGAAUAUGCUACAAUACACCCAAUUUCACUUGAGUAUAAGGUGUAUAUGUCUACAGCAGGUGAAGUAUGGUGUAGACAAAUCAAGCAUGCCCAUAAGUUAUGAGAAUUAUUGCAAUGUGAAUUAAAACAAAAUGAACCAA